GUAUUGCAGCCCCCUCUCCUUGCCCUGUUCACUGAUACUGUCUGCAGUGCGGAUAACACACAUAGCAUUCUCCUCAGCCUUGCAGGGAACCGCGCCAUGCUGCUCAUUCUGCUAUUCUACACGCUCCAAGUUGGAGAUGCGGGGCUGUUCCAAUACCCGCCCUUAGUCAGAGCCGAGGUCGGGAGCAGCGUAAACUUGACCUGCGAUAUCAGAGACUUCUCGGCUGCAAAGUGCUUCAGUGUCAUCUGGAUCAAACUGCGGUCCAAGAGCAGACCGACCCUGGAAACUUAUCAAAGUGUCAGACCCGGUGGCAGCUUCGUAGGCAACGAAAUCGAGACAUCCUGUUCCCUGAACCUCAACAACGCGCAGGUGAACGAUUCCGCGACGUACUAUUGCGCUUUUAUUACGAACCAAUUCAUGUACACGGGCAAUGGAUCCACGCUAGUAGUACGAGAAGGCUCCGAUGACCGCGCUUAUAUUGAAAUCCUCACCCCUUCAGAGGGCGCAGUCCAGUCCAGCGGCGCCGCUACUUUAGUGUGUCUGGUGUUCGGGGUACCCGAGCAGGCUCGGGUCUAUUGGGUCAUCAAACACGAACUGACCGACUUCGGGACCGGAAAUUCCAGUGAAUCCACUCCGGACUUUAUCAGGAAUGAGAUCACCAUUCCGGGCGCGGUCUGGAGCAGCGGGACCGUGUGCACUUGUGUAGUGGAAACAGAGAGCGGGCGGAAUAUGAGAAAAAGCGUGAGCAAGACCGGGAGCGGUGCGUGUCCACUCUUCCUCUACGGGUCCCUGGCGGCAGCUUCAUGUCUUCUCAUUGCUUUGUUAAUUAUACUGGUAAUAUGCUAUCGAAGACGGAAUCAAACAGAUGCGUAUUUGGCAAAUGAACGAUCGACGUAUUCCGAGAUUCGCGUUAAAGGGAGGGCGUCAGACAAACACACGUCAGGGCAAAGACACGCCAGACCAAAGAUAAGAUCAGCGGUGCUGGAUGACGUGCACUACGCAAGUCUGCAGUUCGAGGAGCAUGGGCGACGGAAAUGAAGACCGGGGCUGGACAGAUUAUUAGAAACAGCUGUGCCAUGUGGCACACACUUCUGUGUAACUGCACUGUCCCUCGCAGCACUGAAUAAUGUGAUAUGCAAUUAGCAGCGCCGCCUUGCAUUAUGUAUGAAUGUAGGCAUUAUACAUUUCUAACAAUAUCACAUAAUUACAAUAAUAUAUGUAAUCCCUGCUUUAAAUAUAAUUGAAAUACGGAA